UUGGCGUGGCGGGCAAGUCCCUAGUUUCUCGCGUGGGAGAUAAAAAGUUGAACGGAAUUUAAUUGCAUUUUAAGAAAGAGUGGGUGACCUGGGAUGGGGGUAAUUCCUAGGCCCCUCAUGCUGUUCUCCACCCCGGCCAUCAAUCCCGGGAGCCCAUUCUUUAUAGUCUUGGCCUGCUCGCUAUUAAAUUGCAGGGAUAAAUUUAUAGAAGGUACCUCUAAUGCCUUUAGGCUUCGCGUGGUCAGUUUGAACUAUAAAGAAGGCUUCGAAGUUGUGAACUAACUCCUCCCAUUUUUACAAACACGCUUCUAAAGUCGGGUUUGAAGGAAAACAGUCACAGAAAAGGGCCCAGGUUUGAAGGAUUGAUAAUCAAGAAUGGCAUUCUUUGAGUAAUGACCAUCCAUUAAACGAGUGGCGGCCAGGCGCGGUGGCUCACGCCUGUAAUUCUAGCACUUUGGGAGGCCGAGGCGGGCGGAUCACUUGAGGUCAGGAGUUGAGACCAACCUGGGGAACAUAGUGAAACCUUGUCUCUACUAAAAAUAUAAAAAAAAAAGCUGGGCGUGAUGGCGUGGGCCUCUAGUCUCAGCUACACGGGAGACUGAGGCAGGAGAAUCGCUUGAACUCGGGAGGUGGUUACAGUGACCCGAGAUCGCGAGACUCCGUCUCAAAAACAAACAAAAAACAGGUGACUACGAGGUGCCAACUAUAAGAAACCGAUGAAUAAAGUCAUCAUUAAAAAGAUUAAGGAGCCCACAGCCUAAUCUUAGCAUGUCAGGCCCUGAUUUAUGCCCCCUUCGGAGUUCAAGGGCUACUGUAGAUAUGCUUUUGGACAUUACAUUUAAGGUCCCCAGGAAAACUGACUGAAUAAAGGAGAUACAAGUUACAGAAAAGGCUUUCCCUCCCUAUGCGUUUGCCCUUUAUUCUUAUACUCUUCCUUAUGAUUUUGACUGAGACUUUCUCAGAUCAAUUCUAAUUCGGUUUACUCCGUGAUUUUACUGAGAUUUUUCUCUUAUAAAUCCUCUUGUAUUUAUGGUAUGAGAGGUUACACUGUAUUAGGUACUAUACCAGAGUUUGUGGGUAGAGCAGUGCUUAAAAAGACAGGCUCCUUGUCCAAAAGUAGUGAGGAAGAGAGAGACAAAACAAAAUUGUAAUGUCACUUACUCUUUUAAUCUCUUUCUAAGUUAAGUCUUCUUUAGUCACAUUUUGUGUGUUUAUUUGGUCUCUUCUUUCCAUUUUACCUUUGAAUUAAAAUAAGCACAUUUUCCUCUUUGCAUUAUUUUUACUAAAGCACUAAUAAGUCUGUGUCCAAUACUCAGGAACGAUGUUUAUAUACGAAGUAGAUGGUAAAUUUUAUAGUGUAAUCCUGCUAAAUAUAGGAAUGUAACUCUACCUUUUGCAAGAUGUUUUUGUAGAUCUACCUGGCAAAGUGUAGUCCCUUGCUUUUUAAUGCGUAGUCAAUGGUAAUUUAGCAAUGCGAUCUUCUGUGGAUGUUUAGUUUUUUAAAUUUGUUUUUGUCGGCAGUUCUUUCAGUGUAAAUCCAGUCAGUAAAUUGUAAUGAUGCCAUCAUUUUACUGCAUUUCAUCUGAGCCAGAAAUAAUGUUAUGUAUGAUAACUACAUUUUCCUUGGCAACCACCUGUAAGUCUUCUUUGACAUUUUUAUAGUUGGAGAAAGUGAGGCUCAAUGAAGUUAAAUAAGACUUGAAGAGUAUUUGGACUAUACAGUAUAAGGCUCACACCUGUAAUCUCAGCACUUUUGGAGGUCAAGGCGAGAGAAUCACUUGAGUCUAGCAUUUCUAGACCAGCCUGGGCAACAGAGGAACACUUGGUCUCUACAAAAAAUAAAAAAAUUACCUGGAUGUGGUUGUGCACAACUGUGGUCCAGCUACACAGGAGGCUGAGGAUCAUCAUGCCUAGGGUUCAUAACAUAAUAAAGUCUCUUACACCUCAGAUCUCUUGUUUGACAAGUGACUCUGAUAAACUGCUGGAUUUUUUGCCUGACAGACUAAGAGCAAAGCUGCUUCCAUUCCAGAAAGAUGGCAUCAUUUUUGCUCUCCAAAGAAAUGGCAGGUGUAUGGUGGCUGAUGAAAUGGGUCUAGGAAAGACAAUCCAGGCAAUUGCAGUUGCUUACUUCUAUAAAGAGGAAUGGCCUCUGUUAAUAGUGGUCCCCUCGUCUCUGAGGUACCCUUGGACAGAAGAAAUCGAGAAAUGGAUCCCAGAGCUAAGUCCAGAAGAAAUCAAUGUUAUUCAGAAUAAAACUGAUGUUAGGAGAAUAUCGACCAGUAAAGUGACAGUUCUGGGUUAUGGUCUCUUAACCACAGAUGCAGAGACCUUGAUAGAUGCACUGAAUAAUCAGAAGUUCAAAGUAGUUAUAGUGGAUGAAUCACACUACAUGAAAUCCAGAAAUGCAACUCGCAGCAAGAUUUUAUUGCCAGUAGUACAGAAAGCCAGACGAGCCAUUCUUCUUACAGGAACACCAGCUUUAGGAAGGCCUGAAGAGCUUUUCAUGCAGAUUGAAGCUCUCUUUCCACAAAAAUUUGGAAGUUGGACUGACUAUGCAAAAAGAUAUUGUAAUGCACACAUCAGAUAUUUUGGUAAAAGACCUCAGUGGGAUUGUAGAGGGGCAUCAAAUCUUAAGGAACUUCACCAGCUAUUAAGUGACAUAAUGAUUAGAAGAUUAAAGACAGAAGUUUUAACCCAGCUGCCCCCUAAAAUCAGACAGCGUAUUCCAUUUGAUCUUCCAUCAGCAGCAGCCAAGGAGUUGAAUACCAGCUUUGAAGAGUGGAAAAAAUUAAUGAGAAUGCCAAAUUCAGGUGCCAUGGAGACAGUCAUGGGGUUGAUAACUCGCAUGUUUAAACAAACUGCUAUUGCCAAGGCAGGUGCUGUAAAGGAUUAUAUUAAGAUGAUGCUUCAGAAUGAUUCGCUUAAAUUUCUGGUUUUUGCUCACCAUUUAAGCAUGCUCCAAGCUUGCACAGAAGCAGUCAUCGAAAAUAAGAUUCGUUACAUUAGGAUAGAUGGAAGUGUUUCAUCUUCAGAAAGAAUACAUCUGGUUAAUCAGUUUCAAAAGGAUCCUGACACUCGUGUGGCUAUCCUAAGCAUUCAGGCUGCUGGCCAGGGAUUAACAUUUACUGCAGCAAGUCAUGUUGUUUUUGCUGAGUUGUAUUGGGACCCUGGACAUAUAAAACAAGCAGAAGACCGAGCUCACAGAAUUGGCCAGUGUAGUUCUGUGAAUAUUCACUACCUUAUUGCAAAUGGAACUCUAGACACCCUUAUGUGGGGAAUGUUGAAUCGCAAGGCUCAAGUUACAGGGAGCACACUGAAUGGUAGGAAGGAAAAAAUUCAGGCUGAGGAAGAUGAUAAGGAAAAAUGGGAUUUCCUGCAGUUUGCUGAAGCUUGGACUCCAAAUGACAGUUCUGAAGAGUUAAGGAAGGAAGCUUUGUUCACUCAUUUUGAAAAAGAAAAACAACAUGAUAUUCGAUCAUUUUUUUUACCACAACCUAAAAAAAGACAGUUGAUGACCUCCUGUUAUAAAUCAAAGAAUUUCCAGGAGGAAAAUACUAUAGUGUCAUCAGACCCUACAAAAAUAGCUGCAAGAGAUAUCAUCGAUUAUGAAAGUGAUGUUGAACCUGAAACUAAAAGAUUGAAAUUGGUCACCACGGAUGACCACUACAGUCCCUCAGAAGAAACACCAUCUCAGUCCAGACAAAUCAGAACUCCACUCAUGGAAAGUGUCCAGGAGACCAAGGCCCAGUCAACCACCCCAACCUUUCCUGUAGAGGGCUGGCAAUGCAGUUUCUGCACCUUUAUCAAUAAUUCAGUGUUACGUUAUUGUGAAAUGUGUGAGAAUCCUCAAGGCAGUGCUGAUCGCCUCAACCAUAUCCAGGAUAAAAACAAAAAUGAGAAGGACGAUUCUGUGAAAGAUACCUCCGAAGUUCAAACUAUCUUAGACUGUGAAAAACAAGUCCUUGAACAGUCAGAACCUGACCAGUUGGCUGACAGCGGGGAAGAAACAUUAAAAAUUGAGAAAGAAGACAGACUUACACCCCAGCCAGGUAAUGAACAGUUGAAGAGUUCAGACACUUUGCCAGUGUAUGACACCUUAAUGUUUUGUGCAAGUAGGAAUACUGACCGGAUUCACCUCUAUACUAAGGAUGGAAAACAGAUGAGCUGUAAUUUCAUUCCUUUGGAUAUAAAAUUAGACCUUUGGGAAGAUUUACCAGCAAGCUUUCAGCUGAAACAAAAUCGCUCUCUGAUUUUGAGGUUUGUUCGAGAAUGGAGUAGUCUAACUGCCAUGAAGCAAGGGAUAAUCAGGAAAAGUGGACAGCUAUUCUGUAGCCCAAUUCUUGCUUUGGAAGAGAUCACAAAGCAACAAACUAAACAAAAUUUCACCAAAAGAUACAUAACCAAAGAAGAUGUUGCUAUAGCUUCAAUGGACAAAGUGAGGAAUGCUGGGGGCCAUGUUCGUCUGAUCACAAAGGAGUCCAGGCCAUGGGAUCCUUUUACAAAAAACUUUCUUGAAGAUGGAGCCUGUGUCCCAUUUCUAAGUCCAGACACAGUCCAAGCUGAUCCCACUAGGAAGGCUUCUACAUCCAAAGGCUAUUUACAAGCUGUGGAUAAUGAAGGAAAUCCACUUUGCCUUCACUGUCAGCAACCCACUUGGCAAACUAAGCAAGCGUGUCAAGCAAACGCUUGGGAUUCACGGUUUUGCUCUCUGAAAUGUCAGGAAGAGUUUUGGAUUCGAUCUAAUAACAGUUACCUGCGAGCCAAAGUAUUUGAAACUGAACAUGGUGUGUGUCAGCUCUGUAAUGUGAAUGCACAAGAACUCUUUUUACGUCUGAGGGAUGCCCCUAAAAGUCAGAGGAAGAAUCUUCUGGAUGCUACCUGGACUUCAAAGCUCCCAUUAGAACAGCUAAAUGAAAUGAUAAGAAACCCAGGGGAAGGACAUUUCUGGCAGGUGGAUCACAUCAAGCCAGUCUACAGGGGAGGAGGACAGUGUUCCCUGCACAACCUGCAGACUCUCUGCACAGUCUGUCACAAAGAGAGAACUGCCAGACAAGCUAAGGAAAGAGGCAAGGUGAGAAGACAAUCUCUAGCAUCAAAGCAUGGAUCAGACAUCACACGAUUUUUGGUAAAGAAGUAAAGUAGAAAAAUAUAUGAAUGAAUGACAUAUGGUUUACAUGUGGAAUAAUUUAAUACAAAAUUUUUCCAUGUUUAAUACAUUGAGAGUAAAAAUUUUCAGAACAAAAAUCAGGAAUUCAAAUUCUGUUGUACUAAUUACUUUUAGUGUUAAAUACAUUUUGAAAGUAUUUAACAGAAACUCAGAUAUGAUACUAAAUAUUUCUGUGGUCUUUUUGAUUUGAUGCAGACUAGCAAUUAUGUUUCAGCAAUGUUUUGUUAAGCUCUUUAUCCCUAAUAUGCCUAAUCACUGUAUUGUGCAUAGACUGUGUUUAAAAAAUGUGCUCUCGAUUACCUGAAAAAUGCUUCUGGAUUAGUAUUGGUUUUGGACUGUCAUAGGUAUGAAUGGAACAUUGCAAAACUUUAUGGGAAAUUUCAGAGGCAAAUCAUUAUUCAGGAGUUAUGGGCCAAGCAUGACCAGCCUGCUUAGGAUUCAAGAGAGAUUGUCCUCUAAAUACCUCCAGAAUGACCUUGGGGUACACAUUUUGGGUGUUUCCUUCCUUGCUUUAUUUCUUAGCCAGUCAUCUUUCUCAAAAAUAUCCUUUUCAACAUGAGGUACCUAACACUAAUGGUGUUUGUGGACAAUUCAGAAGUUCUGUGUAAAGUAAUUUUUAAAACUAUUAAAUAACUGAAACCAUAAAAUGUAAAGUGCCACUUAAGCUUGAUUUUUUUUUUUUUUUUUUUUUUUUAGUGUAUGUACUGCCAAAGUGAGCACAAGUCUGGUUUUUUAGAUCUUUUUUAAAAAAAAAAUUAAUAAAAGUAGGCUUAUUGUCAAAAUAUUCUUUAUCUUCUGGUUCUCAUAUUCUCCUUUUGAAACCCUGUGUUAUUAAAGGUAUCUUUCUGGUACUUCUUUUAAAAUGAGUAAUGAUGAUAAAACACUUUAUAGUAAGGCAUAACCAGAUGAUUAUAUGCAUUUAAAAGUACAAUGAUAAUAUUAAAAUGUAAUUGACAUAAAAUAAGAGUGAUCAUGAAGCAAACCCAGGGCCUAAUCCUGCAAUAUGUCAGAAUCAUCAAAGCAAAGAGUUAGAACUAUACACAAUACAGGUCCAAGGAAGAAUUGCAUUCCCAAAAGGGACCUGUUUGUAAAUACUAUUAGGAUGUAUACCUCUUUGAUUUGAGCAUUUUCCUACUUUAAUUAAUAGCUAGUGUUUUACAACACAAAGGACUUGUUUUUAGAAAGAUUAUAUAAUCAUGAAUUUUCCUUCCGGAGUUGUUCCUCGGUUUCUAUUUCAUUUUAUGAGAUCAAAUCAUGUUGCUUAUUUUAUAAAUGAAGUUGGGCUUUCUUUGGCCUCCUUUCUGCUUAGUUGGUCAGGCUCCUUGCAGUUUUCUGCCUCAUUUCCAAGGUAACCUAGGAUUUAUCAUAGUUGAGAGCCAAGAAGCAGGCACACUGCCUUUCCUCCAGCAUGGGGUGUUUGCAAGUGUGGUCUAAGUAGGUCAGAUUUGAGGGGAACUUGCUCUUCAGAUCACACUAACGUGAUAAUUCUAAGGAGAAAGUUCUCAGAUGUAAGAACUGUGUGAUGGUUUGAGGUGAAACAAUCCAUGAAGAUAGAUAGGCUCAGUCUAUACAAAGUUUCUGAAUUCUGACUAAUUAAAAAUGCCAUAAGGAGCAGUGACCAUCUGCUAUACAGGACGCUGACUGGCUCAUCCCCAUCCCUUCCUGACAUGUCUCAGAGCUUUGUGUCCUGCCUUCCCCUAAUUUGGUCUGCAUUACUUGCAGGGCACAUUGAGAUGAAGGUUCUGGGGCUGAAAAUAAAGAUAGAGAUUGAUCUAAUCACCAAGGCCAAAAGGGCAUCUUGAGGAGACUGCUCUUUCAUCCUCACAAUCUGAAACAGAAGCUGCCCGCUAUGUAUUGCAAAUGGGAGGUUAUGAAAGAGGGACACAGAAAGUGUCAGAGCAAGCAGCAGAUCCUGAGUGCAGAAAGAAGUGCAGAUGGCCACCAGGAAGAACGUAGCUACUGCCACACAGGAGAUGGAGAUGAAGUGAAAGACACAGGUGGGCAGGCGGGUAGAGUGAGUGUAAAAGGAUAGGCCCAGCUCUGAAAAGACUCAGAGAAGUUGCAUGAUACAGUGUAGGCUAAGAAAACAGCAACAAAAAAAGGCUGUAGCCAGGUCUGAUGGCACUAGCCUGUAGCCUAGCUACUCAGGAGGCUGAGGUAAGAGGGUCACUUCAGCCCAGAAAGAAAAGAACAACAGCUCUGGAUUCAAGGAACAGAACUGGGAAGUGGUAGGUGGGGAAUGAACCAGCUUACGAUAUGGAACCAUAUGAAAAUAUGCCUGUGGGUAGGGGUUGGGUGGGGAGGACUUCUGGAGCACGGUGGGGCUUACACACCCAAACUUUGCAUAGCCAGCAUCAGGCUGGCCUACCUUCCUGUUCCCGUCACUGAGUGACAAUGAUCCCAUACACAUUUUGAUGAUUAAUAAAGUUGCUUUUUUUUUUUUGAGACAGAGUUUCGCUCUUGUUACCCAGGCUGGAGUGCAAUGGCGCGAUAUCGGCUCACCGCAACCUCUGCCUCCUGGGUUCAGGCAAUUCUCCUGCCUCAGCCUCCUGAGUAGCCAGGAUUACAGGCACACGCCACCAUGCCCAGCUAAUUUUUUGUAUUUUUAGUAGAGACAGGGUUUCACAAUGGUGACCAGGAUGGUCUCGAUCUCUUGACCUCGUGAUCCACCCGCCUCGGCCUCCCAAAGUGCUGGGAUUACAGGCGUGAGCCACCGCGCCCGGCCUAAUAAAGUUGCUUUUAGUAGCCCCACAGCCGGGAAGAAGAAUUCAUAUGGAAUUUUUAAAGAAGCCUACUCUCAAUGUUAAUUGCAGCCUAACAUACAUUUCUUGGAGAGAUUUUCUUGGGACAAGUGAAUACCCUCUAUAUUUUCUUAACUGGAUAGGAGAAGGAUUUUCUGCCCAUACAUCUUGCUAAUAAAUCAAAUCUCUUCUUCAGAUUCUUGAGUGCAACAUUUGAAAUGUAGUUUCUUUAGAAAAAUAAGUAUGAGGCAUUUAAAAUUAUGUCAAAAAAGUUAAUACUCUUGAGCUCUUCACAGUAAAUAGAUGGGUUCUAUUUACUAAUAGGAUACAGAAUUUUGGAUUUCAAACAUCAAAAAUAAAUUGUGGAAAUAAUAUCUCAUUUUCUGUUACAUAUUACUAGCCUGUCUCAUUCCACCAUUUCUUCUUUUGAACUGGAAAACUGUAGGCUCCCAGUCACUGUACCAAUCUCUCCAAAUAUCCAACUACCAGAAAAUGUUUUAUCUCAUCUCAAGUUUGUCAAUUGCUUUAUAUUGUUAAGGGUGGUUUUGCCACCCUGAUUGUGUUCAUAUUUACCAUUAAGAAAUGUCACUGUUACUAAGAUACAUUGUGUGUUCCAACUACCUGCCUCUCUGCCUUAGUAGUUUCUCCUUAAAUCAUUGACUGGAUCUUCCUAGCAGUAGCUUCUAGCUAUUUUCAGAAAACUGGUCUCUGGUAUGCCUUAAAAAUAUUGUAAAUCAUUGCACAUUUGCUAAAGUGUUUGUAUUUCACAGUCUCUCUGCUCUUACACAUCUGCCUUCCUGCAACCAGAUGUCAUCAUUAGAUUGGAGAACCUUCAAACACCUGUAACUAUAUAAAGCUCAAGUCUGUUUAAGAAAGAGCCCAACAUCGUUUCAACUUAGCCUCCAAAAUAAGCUAAAGAAAGCAUUCUUGUGCAACUUGAACCUAGCAAGUGCUUGACAUGCAUCGUUUACACACACAUGCCACAGACAGACAGCCCAAUAUUCUUCGUGUAACUCCAGAUUGCUAUGCUUCAGCUUAGAGCCUUUGCAAUCCUGCAAAAAUGUUUUACCUUCCUUCUAUGUAAUACUUUCUAAAGAACUAUGACUUAAUUUAUAUCUUGGCCUUCAUCAAAUGGAUAUUUUUUGAAGCCAUACACGAAAUACUGCUAUGCUGUUUUUGUUCUUCUUGCUGUUUUGAAAACUGCUCUUAGGAGAUUUAAGAAGGAUAAUUGCUAAUGCCUCUCUCUCCACAUGAAACUGCGAACCAGUUGAGAAAUGAAACACAGAAGCCAGUCAGAUGAAAUUGACAAUGUCAAUUUUGAGGUUCAUAAAAGAGAAUUAGAAAUCAUGCAUGGAUCUGUAGCACCAGUCAAGCUCUCUAAUACUUAGGGCCUCUGUGUUCAACUGGGGCCCUGGGUGACUCCCCUGCAGGAAAGUAAGAGUGAAUCUAUCCUGCAGGGCAAGCAAACUUACCCCAAAACCCAAGCCAGCAGCUACUUGACUUCAUCUUGGGGACAGUGAGAAAAGGAUCUCCAGGCCAAACUUGACAGCUUCUGUCCUGUAGACAGGCUGAUCAGAGAGAAAGGGGAUAGGCAUUUUCAUCCUCCAUGGCUUCUCCUAAAUUUGCCAAUGGGAUAAGUCACUCUGCUUCCUUUAGAGAGGAGGGAGUCAGAGGGUAGAGAUAGGCCAAAAAUUUCUUCCUUUAGCAAAACUUGAGGGUGAGGAAGAGGUAUUUCGUGUUGCGUCUCUGUAUGCCACCUUGCGCAUAUAGCAUGAUGACAAAAUCAGUUCCUAUUAAAAUAUCCUUGCUCAAAUACUACCCUAUCCCUUGACCUUGGACAUGUGUCCAUUAGUUCUUAAACUCUCCAUGGGCGUUAGAAACCAUCUGCCACCCUGACAGCAAUGUCAGCCCUUUCUCCAGCCUAAUGUGUAUCUCUGUGGCCCAUUUGGUUCCUUGUGCCUGCUGCGGCUUAUAAGUAAGAAUGACUCCCUUCUUAGUGUGCUGUAUGCCAGUGUGCUUUCAUAUUAGCAUAUUAGUAGUUAAGUAGAGGUCAGGCACCUGAUUUUGUUCAAAUAAGUCCUGCCAAGGGUGUUUUUGUAUUUAAAAAAAAAAGGUAUUUGUGAAUUAUGACCACUAAUCAUAAUUAAAUAUAAAAUAUGUUGUGUUUCUAGACCAGUACCAUCCAACAGAAAUAUAAUUCAAGGCACAUAUGUAAUUUUUAUUGUGGUAAAAUUUAUCAUUUUAAUUGUUUUUAAGUGUACAGCUCAUUGGUAUUAAGUGCAUUCACAUUAUUGUAUAACCAUCAUCACUAUGCCUCUCCAGAUCUUUUUCACCAUCCGUACUGAAACUCUGCACUUAUUAAACUAACUUCCUCCCCAGUUCUUGGUAACUACCUAAUAUAAUUUGGCCAUUUGCCCCCACCCAAAUCUCAUGUUGAAUUGUAAUCCUCAAUCUGGACCUUGGAGCCUGGUGGGAGGUUUUUGGAUCAUGGGAGUGGAUCCCUCAUGGCUUGGUGCUGUCUUCAUGAUAGUGAGUUCUCACAAGAUCUGGUCAUUUAAAUGUGUGUGGCACCUCCCCCACCACUCCCUCUCUUUCUUGCUCCUCCUUUCACCAUGUGAUAUGCCUGAUCCCCUAUUGCCUUCCAUCAUGAUUGUAAGCUUCCUGAGGCCUCCGUGGAAGCUGAGCAGAUGCCAGCACCAUGCUUCGUGUAAAGACUGCAGAACUGUGAGCCAAAUAAACCUCUUUUCUUUAUAAAUUUCCCAGUCUCAGGUAUUUCUUUUUAGCAAUGCAAGAAUAGUGUAAAACACUACCAUUCUACUUUCUGUCAGUAUGUAUUUAACUGUUAAUCUAGGUACCUUAUAUAGGUGCAAUCAUACAAUAUUUGUCCUUUUGUUUCUGGCCUAUUGGGUUUAUCCAUUUUGAAGUAUGUGUCAGAAUCUCCUUCCUAUUUUAGGCUGAAUAAUAUUUCAUUAUUAAAUACUAAAUUUUUUAAAAUUCAUUCAUUCAUCCAUGGACAUUGGGGUUGUAUCCACCUUUCAGCUGCUGUGAAUAAUGCUGUUAUGAACAUGAGUAUGCACAUGUCUGUUUGAAACUAUUUUUUUUUUUUUUUGAGACGGAGUUUUGCUCUUGUUACCCAGGCUGGAGUGCAAUGGCGCAAUUUCGGCUCACCGCAACCUCUGCCUCCUAGGUUCAGGCAAUUCUCCUGCCCCAGCCUCCUGAGUAGCUGGGUUUACAGGCACGCGCCACCAUGCCCAGCUAAUUUUUUGUAUCUUUAGUAGAGACGGGGUUUCACCAUGUUGACCAGGAUGGUCUCGAUCUCUUGACCUCGUGAUCCACCCGCCUCAGCCUCCCAAAGUGCUGGGAUUACAGGCAUGAGCCACCACGCCCGGCUGAAACUCUAUUUUCAAUUCUUUGGGGUAUGUACCCAGAAGUGAAAUUACUGGAAUCAGUAAUUCUCUAUUUAAUGUUUUGAGGAAACGCUAUAUUGUUUUCUACAGCUGCAACAAUUUUACAUACCCUUCAGCAAUGCACAAGGUUUCCAAUUUCUCCACAUCCUCACCAACACUGUUUCGUUUUGUUUUAUAGUAGCCAUCCUGAGGGGUAUGAAAUAGUAUCUCAUUGUGAUCUUGCUUUACCUUUCCCUAAAGACUAGUGAUGUUGAGCAUAUUUUCAUGUGCUUAUUGGCCAUUUGUACAUUACUGUUGGAGUAAUAUCUAUUCAAGUCCUAUGCCCAUUUUUGAAUUGAGUUAUUUGCUUUUAUUAUUGAGCUUUAGGAGUUAUUUAUAUCUUCUGGACAUUAAUUACUUAUCAAAUAGGUGGUUUACAAAUCUCUCCUAUUCUGUGAAUUGUCAUUUUACUCAGUUGAAUGAACUUUACACAGAAGUUUUAAAUUUUUUAUGAAGCCCAAUUUAUCUAUUUCUUUUGUUGCCUGUGCCUUUGAUGUCAGAUCUAGAAAGUCAUUGCCAAGUCCAAUGUCUUGAACCCUUUCCUGUGUGUUUUCCUCUAAGAGUUUUAUAGUUUUAGUUCCUAUGUUUAAGUCUUUGGUCUAUUUCAUGUUAAUUUUUGUAUUUAGUGUUAGCUAAGGUCCAACUUCAUUCUUUUACAUGUAGAUGUGCAGUUUCCUUAGCACCAUUUGUUGAAAAGACUGUCCUUUCCCCAUUAAUGAUCUUGGCACCCUUGUUAGAAAUCAUUUGACCAUAUAAGUAUGGAUCUAUUUCUGGGUUCUAUACUUUAUUCCAUUGGUCUAUAUGUCUGCCUUUAUGCCAGUACCAUACUGUUUUGAUUACUGUCACUCUGUAGUAAAUUGUGAAUCAGAAAAUGUGAGACUUCUGUUUUUUUUUCUUUUUGAGAUGGAGUCUCACUCUGUUGCCAUGCUGGAGUGCAGUGGUACAAUCUCAGCUCACUGCAACCUCUGCCUCCCACGUUCAAGUGAUUCUUCUACCUCAUCCUCCCAAGUAGCUGGGACUAUAGGCACGUGCUGAUACACCUGGCUGAUUUUUUGUUAUUUUAGUAGAGACAGGGUUUCACCAUGUUGCCCAGGCUGUUCUCAAACUCCUGAGCUCAGGCAAUCCACCCACUUCAGCCUCCCAAAGUGCUGGGAUUACAGGCAUGAGCCACCACACCCAACCAAGACUUCUGAUUUCUUUACAAGAGUGUUUGUCUAUUUGGGGUCCCUUGAGAUUCCAUAUAAAUAUUAGGAUGGAUUUUUCUAUUUCUACAGAAAUUUCAGUAGGAUUUUGAUAGGUCUGUUAAGCCAUUCUUGUGUCACUGUAAAGAAAUAUCCAAGGUUAGGUAAUUUAUAAAGAAAAUAAGUUUAAUUGGAUCACAGUUCUGCAGACUGUGCCAGCAUGGCUCCAGCAUCUGUUUCUGGUGAGGGCCUCAGGAACCUUACAAUCAUGGCUGAAGGCAAAGGAGGAGCCAGUGUCUAAUAUGGUGAGAGUAGGAGGAGGUACCACAUACUUUGAAACCACCAGAUCUCACAAGAACUCAUUAUCACAAGGACAGUACCAAGCCAUGAGGGAUCUGCCCUCAUGACCCAAAUACCGCCCCCACCCCAGGCCCCACCUCCAACAUUGGGAUUACAUUUCAGUAUGAGAUUUGGAGGGGACAAUUAUCCAAACCACAUCAAUAAACAUUGCAUUGAAUCUGUAGAUCACUUUGAGUAGUAUUGACAAUACUAUAAUAAGUAUUCCAAUUCAUGAACAUGGGAAUGUGUUCUCAUUUAUAUAUGUCUUCUAUAAUUGCUUUCAGCAACGUUUGUAGUUUUUAGUUUAUAGAUUUUUCCCUUUCAUGGUUAAUUCAUACAUAUUUUAUUCUUUUUAAUGCCACUAUGAGUAGAAUUUUUUUUUAAUUUCCUUUUCACUUGGUUCAUUUUUAGUGUAUAGAAAUACAACUUAUUUUUGCAUGUUUCAUAGCCUGCAUCUUAAUUUAUUAGUUUUUACAGAGGUUUUUGUUCAUUUGUUUGUUUUGUUUGUUUGUUUUGAGAUGGAGUCUCACUUUGUUGCCCAGGAGGGAGUACAGUGGCUAGAUCUUGGCUCAUUGCAACCUCUGCUUUCUGGGCUCAAGCAAUUCUCCUGCCUCAGCCUCCCAAGUAGCUGGGACUACAGGCACAUGCAGUCACGCCCAGGUAGUUUUUGUAUUUUUAGUAGAGACAGGGUUUCACCAUGUUGGCCAGGAUGGUCUUAAUCUCUUGACCUCAUGAUCUGCCUGCCUUAGCCUCCCACAGUGCUGGGAUUACAGAAAUGAGCCACCACGCCUAGCCUACAGAGGAUAUAAAAUGUGGAAUCUCUAGAGGUUUCUGCAUUAAGAUCAUGUUGUCUGCAAACAGAGACUUCAUGCUUUCCAAUUUCAGUGCCUUUUCUUUUCUUGCCUAAUUGCUCUGGCUAGGAUUUCCAUUAGUGUUGAAUGCAAAUGGUGAAGACAGAGAUGUCUUGUUUGUGAUCUUAGAAGAAAGGCUUUUAGCCUGUAAUCAUUAAGUAUGAUGUUAAUUAUGGGUUUUAAAAUAUAUAUUGCCUUUAUUACAUUGAGUUAGUUUCCAUUCCUAGUUUGUUGAAUGUUCUUAUCAUAAAAGAGCAUUAAAUUUUGUAAAAUUCUUUUUCUGCAGAAAAUGAGAUGAUCGUGUGCUUUUUGUUUUUUAUUCUUUUAACGUGGUGUAUUACAGUGAUUCAUUUUUACAUGUUGAAUCAUGCUUGUAUUCCAGGAAUAAAUCCAACUCUGUCAUGGUGCAUAAUCCUUUGAUUGCUGCUGAAUUUGGUGUGCUGGUGGUAUUUUGUUGAGCAUUUUUGCAUCCAUGUUCAUAAGUGAUACUGGUUUGUGUUUUUCUUCUCUUGUGGUGUCCUUGUCUGGCUUUGGUAUUAGGGCAAUGCUGGCUUCAUAGAAAGAAUUAAAAAUUGUUUCCUCUACCAGCCUGGCCAACAUGGUGAAACUCCAUAUCUACUAAAAAUCCAAAAAUUAGCCAGGCAUGGUAGGGUGCACCUGUAAUCCUAGCUACUCAGGAGGCGAGGCAGGAGAAUCACAUGAUCUGGGAGGCAGAGAUUGCAGUGAGCUGAGAUUGCACCACUGCACUCCAGCCUCGGUGACAGAGUGAGACUCCAUCUCAAAAAAAAGAAAAGAAAAAAAAUUAUUUCCUGCCCUUCAGUUUUUUGGAAGAAUUUAAGAAGGAUAUCUACUAGCUUAACUUCAAUAGCAUAUAGAAACUGUAUUUCUAGGCCAGGCAUGGUGGCUUAUGCCUAUAAUCCCAGCACUUUGGGAGGAGGCUGAGGCAGGUGGAUCACCUGAUGUCAGGAGUUCAAGCCAGCCUGGCCAACAUGGCGAAACCUCAUCUCUACUAAAAAUACAAAAAUUAGCUGGGUGUUGUGGUAUGCACCUGUAAUCCCAGCUACUUGGGAGGCUGAGACACGAGAAUCGCUUGAACCUGGGACAUGGAGGUUACAGUGAGCCAGGUUAUGCCACUGCACUCCAUCCUGGGUGAUAGAGUGAGACUCUGUCUCAAAAAUAAAAAUAAAGAAACUACUUCUAUACAGCUUCAUCUUCAACCUCUUUAAGUUAUUAAUGCUACAAGAUUCUAUUUUUAUGUAGUGUGUGUCCAAAAACAUAAGCUAAUUGUUUUUUUAAUGCAUUAGUCUCUUAAGUCAUGUAAAAACAAAAACUAGAGUUACAAACCAGUUACAGUAAUACUAGCUUUUAUGAUUUCCCAAGUAUUUAUUUUUGCUGGAAAUAUUUCUUCAUAUGCCUUUGAUCUAAUGUCUCAUAUUCUUUUUUUUUUGAGAUGAAGUCUUGCUCUGUCGUCCAGGCUGGAGUGCAGUGGUAUGAUCUCAGCUCACUGCAACCUCCCCCUCUCCUGGGUUCAAGUGAUUUUCCUGCCUCAGCCUCCCUGGUAGCUGGGAUUACAUGAAUGUGCCACCACAUCCAGCUAAUUUUUGUAUUUUUAUUAGAGAUGUGGUUUCGCCAUGUUGGCCAGGAUGGUCUUGAACUCCUGACUUCAGAUGAUCUGCCCACCUCAGCCUCCCACAGUGCUGGGAUUACAGCCAUAAGCCACCAUGCCCAGCCUGACAUACUUUCAUUUCAACCUAUAGGACUCCCUUUACAUUUUUUGCAGAGUUCGUCUAGUGGCAAUAAGCUCUCAGCUUUUAUUUAUUUUGAAGUAUUUUAAUCUCUCCCUCGUUUUUAAUUGACAGUUUUGCCAGAUAUAGGAUUCUUGAUUGGCCAUUUUAUUUCUUGCUGCACUUUGAAUAUAUCAGCCCACUGCCUUCUGGCCUCUAAGACUUCUGAUGAGAAAUAUGCUGAUAAUUUUUUUUUGAGCACCCUUUGAUGCGAUGAAUGACUUCUGUUUUGCUGAUUUUAAGAUUCUUUCUGUGUUUCAUGUUUGACAGUUUAUUAGAAUGUGUCUCAAUGUGGAUAUCUUUGUUUUUAUAUUCAUCCAAGAAUAUAAACAUUAAAUCGCCUUAAAUUUGGGAUUUUUUUGCCAUUAUUUGUUCAAAUAAUGUCUCUGCUACUUGUCUCCCUCUUCUCCUUCUGUGACUCCCAUACAGCAUAUGUUUGUCUGCUUUACGGUGUCUUAUCCUCAGGAUUUGUUCACUUUUCUUUAAUAUUUUUUUCUUUCUUGUUCCUCAGGUGAGAAUUUCAAUUCUACUUUCUUCACAUUCACUGAUUUUCUCCCCUCCCUGCUCAAAUAUAUUUUUGAAUCCCUCUAAUAAAUUUUUUAUUUCAGUUAUUGUACUUUUUAGCUCCAAAAAAAGUUAUUAUUAUUUUUUUUUGAGACAUAGUCUGCUGGAAUGCAGUGGCUCAAUCUCAGCUCACCGCAAUCUCUACCUCCUGGGUUCAAGUGAUUCUUGUGCCUCAACCUCCUAAGUAGUUGGGAUUAGAGGUGUAUGCCACCACAUACAGCUAAUUUUUGAGUAGAGAAGGGGUUUCACCAUGUUGGCCAGGUUGGUCUUAAACUCCUGACCUCAGGUGAUCCGCCCACUUCCACCUCCGAAAGUGCUGGGAUUACAGGCAUGGUUAUGAGUCACCACACCUGGCUCAAAAUUUCUUUUUUCGUUUCAUGUUUUAUAUGUCUGUGUUGAUAUUUCCAUAUUGUUCAUACAUCAUUUUCUUUACUGUGUCUACCUCUUCCUUUAGCUCUUUGAACAUCUUUAAGACAGUUGUCCUAAAGCCUUUGUCUGGUAACUCUACUAUCUGGUCUUUCUCAGAGAUUAUUUCUGGUGAUUUAAUUUUUUGCUUUGUCAUUUGACUAUACUUUCCUGUUUCUUUGUAUGCCUUGUAAUUUUUUGUUGAAAACUGGACACUUGAAUUUUAUAUUUUGGCAGUUCUGGAAACCAGAUUCUCCUCUUCUCCAAGGUUUGCUGGGUUUCGCUGUUGCUCUUCUUGGUGUAAAAGAGUGACUGUGCCAGGCAUCUAUUCAAGGUGUAAAUUUAAGCUCUUCUUGGGUCUUUUCUGAGCCUAAAUCUUUCCCUGGACAUAUUUAGUGGCUUUCUAAAUUCCCUGUAUAUGCAGCUGCUUUUUGAUAUUCCAUUGUUGAAAUGUGCCUCCCAAAAGGAAAAGAGGUAACAGGCUCUCAGUCUUUAAGUACUCUGAAAGCUACUUCAGAGGGUGGGAUUGCAACAGUAGUGUCUGCCUCUGUGUCUGCACCUUCAUGAUCAGAGAAGCAGCAUUCAGAACACAGAUCCCUGAUAUGUGGAAGGCAAGGUCCUUAUUCCCUUCUCUAACUUCCACAAGCUUUGUGCAAGCUGCACCAGGUACGCGUGCAUGACUGACUGCCACGGAGCUAGGAAAGGGAAUGGUAAACCACUACUGUGCCAAGAGCAUUUGACCAAAAUUAAUUGCAGUUUACUGUCCAAGCUUUCCUCUGGCAGCUGCAAGCCUUUGAAUAGACUCCAGAGUUCCAAAAUAGUUACAUCAAACUGAUUCUGCCAGUGUAAUUAUCUAGAUAGGGAGACAAGAGUCCUAUAUAUCCCAUGCCACCAUCUUGCCUGAUGUCAUCCACAUAUGUGGGUUUAAAUUUUUUAGUACCUGCUUUAAAAAAUGAAAAGGAACAGAUAAAUAUUUUAACAAUAUAUUUUACUUAAACCAGUAUAUCCAAAAUAUGAUUAUUUUAACAUGUAACAAUAUGAAAAUUGGUGAUUUUUUUUUAUUUUGGCAGAGUUUCACUCUUUUUACCCAGGCUGGAGUACAAUGGCAUGAUCUCGGUUCACUGCAACCUCUGCCUCCUGGGUUCAAGCAAUUCUCCUGCCCCAGCCUCCCGAGUAGCUGCGACUACAGGCGUGUACCACCAUGCCCAGCUAAUUUUUGUAUUUUUAGUAGAGAUGGGGUUUCACCUUGUUGACCAGGAUGGUCUCGAUCUCUUGACCUACUGAUCUACUUGCCUCGGCCUCCCAAAGCGCUGGGAUUAUAGGCGUGAGCCAUUGCGCCUGGCCAAAAAUUGGUGAUUUUUUUUUUUUGAGACGGAGUUUCGUUCUUGUUACCCAGGCUGGAGUGCAAUGGUGCAAUCGCAGCUCACCGCAACCUCCGCCUCCUGGGUUCAGACAAUUCUCCUGCCUCAGCCUCCUGAGUAGCUGGGAUUACAGGCACGCGCCACCAUGCCCAGCUAAUUUUUUGUAUUUUUAGUAGAGACGGGGUUUCACCAUGUUGACCAGGAUGGUCUCGAUCUGUUGACCUCGUGAUCCACCUGCCUCGGCCUCCCAAAGUGCUGGGAUUACAGGCUUGAGCCACCACGCCCGGCCCAAAUUGGUGAUUUUUAUACUAAAUAUUUAAAAGUACAUAUUGUAUACCUAAUAAACAUCUCAAAGAUGAUAAAUUUUCAAUGGCUAAAGUGCAGUAUAGCACUACCAAAACAAUAAUGUUGUGUUUGGCAGAAAAAUAUUUUAUUAUGCUUUAGUUUCUACACUAAUUAAAAUGUAACAGAUUUAAAAAUUCCGUUCCUCAGUCUCAGUAGCCUCAUGGCAAUGGCUGCUGAACUGGCAGAGCAGCCAUAAACACCAACUUCUAAAACUGGGGAUGUGUGAGGUAAGGUUUGAUUUUUUUUAUUUUUUUAUUUUUUUAUUUUUAUGGUGGAGGGGGAACAAAGUCUUGCUCUGUCCCCCAGGCUGGAGUGCAGAGGCAUGAUCUCAGCUCACUGCAACUUCCGCCUCCUAGGUUCAAGCAAUUUUCCUGCCUCAGCCUCCCUAGUAGGUCUCUACAGGCACUCGCCACCACACCCGGCUAAUUUUUUUGUAUUUUUAGUAGAGACAGGGUUUCGCCAUGUUGGCCAGGUCUUGAACCCCUAAUGUUAGGUAAUUCACCCUUCUCAGCCUCCCAAAGUGCUGGUAUUACAGGCAUGAACCACUGUGCUUGGCUGGGUUUUAUUUUCUGAUCUUUACUGAAGGGCAUUCUGUUCCUUCCUUUUUCAAAAUGCAUACUGGAUUAGGUGGGACCGUUCUCAUGCAAGGCAGUCUUCAGUCUGUAGAAGGCUGGGAAGUCGCUAUUAAAACAGAAGCCUCCACAGGGAAUCAUUUCAUCCUCCUAACACUAACCCUCAACAUGUGGGUGAGUGGUUAUAUCUUCUAGGCCAUAAGCUUCCGGCAGGGAUGGGAGUGUGUAUAGCCAUUUCAUGCUUGUCUUCUGUUCUGGAAGCAGCAACGCUUUCAUUCUCAGUCCAGCAUAGAGCCUGCCACUGCUGAUAAGAGCAGUGCUGGCAACAGCUUCAGCUUUAUUUUAUAACCCUGAGAAGUUCUGCCCUAUUUGUGGGGAUUCAUGCUGUGAACAUCCAUGCAGUAGAAUUCCUGCUGCUUGCAGGAAGUUUUUAAUAGAGCUGAUUGAGCAAGACAAAGAGGACUUCUGCAUUUUUUUAGGUUUUAAAGUUUUCAAAUUUAGCAUAAGAUGGUAAACUUCAGGAAAUGCACAUUAAAACCAUAAUAAGAGGCUGGGCACAGUGGCUCAUACCUGUAAUCCCAGCACUUUGGGAGGCUGAGGUAGGCAGAUUGCCUGAGCUCAGUAGUUUGAGACCAGCCUGGCCAACAUAGUGAAACCUCAUCUUUACUAAAAACACAAAAAAUUAGCCAGGCAUGGUGGCACGUGUCUGUAAUCUCAGCUACUCGAGAGGCAGAGGCAGGAGAAUCACUUGAACUUGGAAGGAGGAGGUUGCAGUGAGCCGAGACCUCGCCACUGGACUCCAACUGGGCAAGAGAACAAGGCUCUGUCUCAAAAAAAAAAAAAAAAGAUACUAUUUUACAACCAGCAAAUUGGUGAAAAAAAAAUUCAUUUUUGUCAACACCCAAGAGCCUUUACUCCAUAAAGAUAUGGAGUAAAACUCUCAUCCAGAACUAUUUGGACUGUAAAUUAGUACAGCCACUUUGGAAAACAACUGGACAUUAUCAAAUGAAGUCAAAGGUGCAGAUACUUCACUGAAUGCAUAUACUAGAGAAACUCUGCAUGUGGUGGAGGAGUCACUCCCGAGGUUGCUCAGAGAGCAUUGAUUGUAACAGCAAAAAGUCUGGACAACCCAAGUGUUCAUAAGAGAAGAAUGGCUAAAUUGGAUAUAGUCACAUAAUUAAAUACUAUACAGCUGUGAAAAUUAAUGAAGUUAUGUGUAUCAAUGUAGGUGAUGUCACAUAUUGAAAGUACAACAUAAACAAAUCAGGACGAAUACAUACACUGUGAUUUCACUUAAAAGGUCAAAAACAAGCUAAACUGGAUAGCAGGCCAGGUGCAGUGGCUCAUGCCUGUAAUCCCAACAUUUUGGGAGGCUGAGGUGGGCAGAUAGCUUGAGGCCAGGAGUUCAAGACCAGCCUGGCCAACAUGGUGAAACACUACAUGUUUCUAAAAAAAUUUAAAAAUUAGCCAGGCAUGGUGGUGUGCACCUGUAUUUACAGCCACUUGGAGGCUGAGGUAGGAGGAACACUCAAGCCCGGCAGGUGAAGGCUGCAGUGAGCUGUGAUUCAGCCACUGCACUUCAGCUUGGGCAACAGAGUGAAAUCUCUGUCUCAAAAAAAGCAAAAACAACACCAACUUCAUAGCAUAUUGUCUGGGAAUACAUUCCCAUGUGGUGAAACUAUAAAAAGCAAGGCAGCCUGGUUGUGGUGGCUCACACCUGUAAUACCAACACUUCGGGAGGCAGAGGUGGGAGGAUUGGUUGAGGCCAGGAGUCCAAGAAGACCAGCCUGGGCAACAUAGUAAGACUCCUUGUCUACAAAAAAUUUUUAAACAUUAGCUGGGUGUGGUGGUGCAUACCUGUAAUCCCAGCUACUCAGGAAGCUGAGGUGGAAGGACCUCUUGAGACCAAGAAUUUCAGGUUAUGAUGAGGCAUGAUCACAUCAUUGUACUCGAGCUUGGGCAGCAGAGUGAGACCUUGCCUUUAAUAAAAAACAAAAAAGAGAGACAGAGAGAGAAGUGAGGCACUGGUUAACAAAACUCAGAGUGGUUACCUGUUUUCUUUAAGGUAAGGUAAUGCUCUGAAGUUUGGUGGGUUUUUUUUUUUUUUUUUUUUUUUUGAGAUGGAGUUUCACUGUUGUUACCCAGACUAGAGUGCAAUGGCACGAUCUCAGCUCACCACAACCUCUGCCUCCUGGGUUCAAGCAAUUCUCCUGCCUCAGCCUCCCGAGAAGCUGGGACUACAGGCGCGCACCACCAUGCCCAACUAAUUUUUUUUUGUAUUUUUAAUAGAGAUGGGGUUUCAUCUUGUUGACCAGGAUGGUCUCCAUAUCUUGACCUCGUGAUCCACCUGCCUCGGCCUCCCAAAGUGCUGGGAUUAUAGGCGUGAGCCACCGCGCCCUGCCUGAAGUUUGGUUUUAAGUCACAGUGAUCAUUGCCAUUGUGUAUACCUUCCAAUAUACACAUAUUUGGAAAUCUGAGCUAUUUCAUAACAGAAAUGCUACCUAGCUUAGCUAAAGCAAUUAUAGGACAUAUACUUCUUUAUAGACUCAUUUGCAUGCUCAAUUAAUUAGUCAUAUAUUAUAUAUGGGUUAGGUGGGUUAAAGAGCAAUGUAAAUAAAACAUGGUCCCUGCCCCUCUAGAAUGUGCCAUCUAGCAGACUCAGAGGCUUGGCAUCUGUAGCACAGUGUAUCCUGACAGUCACAGCUGGCCUCCUCUGUGCAGGCAUGAAGUCAUUCAUUAGAUUAGCUAGCAUAAGGCUCUGCCGUAUUAAGGUAAGUGUAAUGGGGGGGUGGCUCAUAAGUGGGGGUGUCUGAAGAGUGGGCCGGACCCAUUGGUAAAUUGGAUGAUUAGUUUGAAGUGGCCAUAUUUCAAAUACCUGCUUCACCCAUUGUGUAGUUUUGCUGAAAAUCAGUCCUGAAUCUUAGGAGUUUUAUGUCAAAUAAAAGGCAGAUGUCAUAUCCUCAUUUUGCCACUGGAAGAAUUGAGACAUUUUCUGGCUUACCCUGUUCAGAAAUACUUGGUGCAUGAAAAUAUCCCAAAGGAACCCCUAAAACUUUAUUCUCUCUAUGUGUCCUGGUAUUUAACAAGCUGAGCGUGCUCAGCCUUGGGAAGUGCAGGUCUCCUUGGGUGGUGCAGACUUCCAGGGGCAUCAUUUUGGAGCCCAUGCCAGUAUUUUAUGGGUAAAUUUUUCAUCCAGCAUCCUACUUCCACAUCCCCCAAACCCUCUUGAUUCUGAGCAGCCAUGGCCAAGGCCUUUGCACCUAACAGAUAACUUUUUUUUUUUUUGAGACGGAGUCUCACUUUGUCUAGAGUGCAGUGGCACGAUCUCGAUUCACUCCAGCCUCCGCCUCCCAGAUUCAAGCGAUUCUACCUCAGCCUCCUGAGUGGCUGGGAUUACAGGUGCAUGCCACUGUGCCCAGCUAAUUUUUGUAUUUUUAGUAGAGACAGGGUCUCACCAUGUUGGCCAGGGUGGUCUCGAUCUGUUGACCUUGUGAUCCUCCCACCUCAGCCUCUCAAAGUGAUGGUAUCACAGGUGUGAGCCACCACGCCUGGCCCACAGAUACCAUUUUGAUAGGUAUACUGCUGGAAAGCUCAAGAGCACAUGGAUCUUUAAAAGGAAGCAAAUCAGGAUAGAUGAGGGAAAAAACACCAAUUCCAGUGCUCAGUAGGAGUUGAUACAAUUCCUAUUAAGGCAUCUGCUCUGUGGACUGUUUUAUCAGUCUGAUUAAUGGAGGGACCAAAUAAAUCCUCACAGUUAAUAGACAUCUCUGUCCCUACUUGUUAUUACUCUAUUUUUAUGGUUAUUUUAUUAAUAAGAAAACUAUUGUUUCUAGUGAACUUAAGAUGGAUGAAUAUGAAACCUAACAAUUUAGGAUCUUUUCCCAGAGUCUUCAGUCAUUCCUCUGAAAAAUGAGGGAGCAUUUGAUUCCUAACUUCCUCUUCUCCAUUCCCAUGACAAGCCACGGAAUUAUAAGCACAGGUAUAAAUAUCUUUCAGCUGAUUAAAUGGUGUCCUGCCAAAAGAAGAUUUGUUUGAGUGUAAUUUCUUGGAUGCUCUUCUAAAGGAGAAUGAUCUUUCUUUAGAGGCCUCCAUGGAAACACAGUAUUACAUUUUCCAUUCUUUUAAAGAAGGAUAACAAAAUAACUAUCUUCCUGCUGAAAUCAAGAAAUUGAGGCCCAGAGGAUCCUAAGCUGUCCAGAACACUAUGACUGAGUCUGCUGAUAAUUCCUGGUAAGAAUGCAGCAUUUUCAAAGCUGCCUGGGCGGGAUAAGUGAGGAGGUGCAAAGCAGCCUUCCAGAUCUCCGGUGGAGGCAACUCCUCCCACCUUCCCUCCAAAUCAGGAAGUGUGCUCAGAGCUAGAUUUGGGAACAAUUUGAACAAGACAGUCAUUCCCUGCCCAGCACAUUCCGCCUGGUGGGAGCUGGAAGCCACGGCAGGGGAAGGGUCUAUUCCUCUGAGGGUCGGGAACAUAUGGGGCUGCAGCGUUGGGUCCCUUUUCCUUUUCUGGGUGUCCUGCUUCUUGUCCUGACCCUGGAACCUAAUCCUGUGCUCCUGGAACUUACAUACCAUUCUCUUCCUGUCAAACAUGAGCCUUUCAUGAAAAACAAUGCCUGGUUGAAGUUUCCCUGAGAAGCCUGCUCGUUUGACACUGAGAUCUGCUAGCGACCCAGAUGUUAGGAUCUCUGAGGCGCCUACUGUCAUUGGAAAAGGCUGCUGGGGAAGGUCUUUUGUUGAGAGGACUCAUUAACUCUUUCUCGCUGGGGUCAGCCCAGUCCUUGCAGAAAUACCUACUGCAGAUUCAGUCUUGAAGGAUGGGUGGAUCUUGAAAGGAGGGCACCCUUCCUGAGCUCCAAAAGAGUUGCAGCUCUUUCCUGUACUCUAUGCCACUGUGAUGGAAUGAAACUGUGGGCAGUCCAGUAGGCCCUGGGAGACACAGGUGAUGAAUACAAUCAUGUUUCUCAGCCCUUGCCUACCUGCGACUCCCAGAGACAGUAGCAUCCAUGUACCUGGAGAGCCACAGUCCCAGGGGGCAUCCUCCCAGGGCCACACUCCAGCCUGACCUUCCCUAACCCACCUUCCACACAGCCACCAGAGUGGGUGGAUAUGAUCACUGAGAGGCUAAAUCUCUGAUAUGUGGCUGAAAGACCUAAUGACCACCUGUCAUUAUUUUAGGGAAAUAUUUGUUAAAAGGAUUUUAUAUAAAGAUAGAUGACUUUCCUAAAUGCUCAUGUAAAUGAAAUCGUUUUUAAAAAUUACCACUCGUGGCUGGGCGCAGUGGCUCCUGCCUGUCAUCACAGCACUUUGGGAGGCCAGGGUGUGUGGAUCACAAGGUCAAGAGAUCGAUACCAUCCUGACCAACAUGGUGAAACCCCGUCUCUACUAAAAAUACAAAAAUCAGCUGGGUGUGGUGGCGGGUACCUGUAGUCCCGGCUACUCAGGAGGCUGAGGCAGGAGAAUCCCUUGAAUCUGGGAGGUGGAGGUUAUAGUGAGCCGAGAUCGCAUCACUUGCACUCCAUCUUGGAGACAGAGCAAGACUCUGUCUCAAAAAACAAAAAUUACCACUCAUAAUCAUAAACAUCCUUUCUCUGUUGUGUUAUAUGUAUGUGUGUGUGUACACACAUGCAUAUAAAGAUACAGACAAGACAUACACAAUAAAACUGCAUUAUUAUAAAAGUUCCCAUAAAUUGGCAAUUGGCUUCCAUCCUCCAUUCAGGCCCCAGCUAAAGCUCUUAUCCUACUGGGAGAAGAGGAGAAAUGGAGGGGCCAGCAAAGUCAGGUGGCAAAAGGGAAGGCCCCACUGAGCCCCAGGGUGGACAGGCAGAAGUGGGACUCUGUGUUUCCUCAAAGUCCCACCUAGCCAGAAGAUCUAAAAUUGUCCCCAUCAGUCUGCAAGCUGGUAGCCAGUCUGCAUGGGCCAGACCAACCUGGGGCUUACAGCCGGACGCUCAGACUCAGGCCUCAGGCUCGGCGGGCUGGCUGCGGCCUUUGCGUCAACUGCUCCAUAACGCAGUCCUGCGUCUGCUGUGAUGGAGACUUUUAGUCCCACAAUAGGAUAGAAAUAUAUACUAUUUUUAUUUUAUAUUUCAUUCAUUUAUUUUUGAGACAGGGUCUCACUGUCAUCCAGGCUGGAGUGCAGUGGUGUGACAUCACUCAAGUGAUUCUCCUGCCUCAGCCUCCCUCCCGAGUAGCUGGGACUACAGGCACACACCACCACACCUGACUAAUUUUUUGCGUUUUUAGUAGAAAUGGGGUUUCACUAUGUUGGCCAGGCUGGUCUCAAAUUCCUGACCUCAAAUGAUCCACCUGCCUUGGCCUCCCAAAGUGCUGGGAUUACAGGCGUGAGCCACUGCGCCCAGCUUAAAUAUAUACUAUUUUUUAAAAAUAGUAAAAUGAAUAGCAGUGUACCUCCCACCUAGCUUAAAAAAUAGAGUAUUCCCUCUGCCUUUAAACUCAGUCCUCUGCUGCCCAAGUGCGUCCCCUUUCCUUCCCAUAAACAGACCCUGAAUUGUGUGAUUCUGUGGAAAGCAGCCCCUUAGCUUUUCUUUAUGGGGGUCCCACAUAGGAGCAUAUUCCUAAAAGGUUAUUGUUGAGUUGUUUUUGACCUUUAUAUAAUGAAAUUGUAGUGCAUAUCUGUCCCUGUGACAUGCUUCUGCCACUCAGUUUUAUGGUUGUGAUACCAUGCCAGUAAGUGUAAUAAUAGUUCAUUUCUUUUCACUAGUCUCUGAUCUAAAUUAAUAUAACUAUCUUUUCCACUUUGAAGGACAUCACAGUUUCCAGUUUGUGGUUUCUCUAAAGUGCUGCUGUGAACAUUCAUUGCUGUUCACGUCUCCUGGUGCCCAUAUCUGCAAACAUUUCUCAAAAGCAGUGGUUCUCACACUUGGAUGUACAUCAGAGUCACCUGAAAGGUUUGCUGAAACCCAGGUUCCUGGGCCCCAGCCCUAGAGUUUCUGGCUCAGUAGGUCUAGUGGCUGGAGAUUGGCAUUUCUAACAAGUUCCGGAGAUACUGAUGCUGCUGGUCGAAGGACCAUCCCAGGAGCAGAAUUAUUGCAUUGUAGGAGGUCUCAGAUGGAAUCUUCAGUGAUGAGGCCACGUCUGUCCUGGCUCGAUCAAGGAUUUCUGGUUGCGUUGCUUCCAUUAUGACUCAGGUAGGUCCUUGCUGGGCUCCUGCCAGCAGCUUCCACAUGCCUGGAGUGGGCCAGCUUUUCCUGCAGGUUUGUUUCUAUGCCAGCUCCUGAGAGCAGCUGUCUACCAGGACAUACCUGGAGAGCUGAUAAACACACUAAAGAAACAUGUCUGGCUCCCCAGCCAGAUGGCAAGGCCUAAAAGCCCUGACCAUUUUGGACAGGUUUGCUUUACUGAUGGGACAGCAUUAACCCUGCUAACAUCUGUGUUGGGGAAGCCUUCCUACCAUGUCCCUCAGUGGCAGGGAGGGAGCCUACACGCUUAUUCUAGGCAAUUUGCUCCCCUGGACCCCCAAUGGGGAUUUCUGCGUCCUACUUGAGUCCCUAAGAGGACAGGCCAUUGCUGGCGUUUUUUUCCCCAAAGUAACAACAGGAGUCAAGAAAAUCAAUGAAUAGUAUUCCUAGGCCCUGGAAUCCACUGCUGACAGUGGGAAGCCCUGUGCAAAGACAGCCACCUGCCACAGGGACAGGGCAGGAUAGCGCACGUCUCAACGCAGCCUCAGUGGCAACGGAAGCCCUUGGAUGGGACUCAGCCACAGCCUUAGAGAUGGCUGGGCCUCCCAUCGUUGCACUCCCUUAAUGACGUUGUAACUUCAAUCCAAGAAUAGUUGAGGACAUUUGGGAAAUUCACACUCUAAAAAUACUUCCUUUUUUCAUAUAGGCAAGGUAACAGCAGAGUGACAGUGGGUUACUAAGAAUGCAGUUUCCUUUGUUAUGUAACACAGGCAAAAAUAGUGUUUUGGGCCAAAAUAGGGCUGAGAAAGAGGAAUAUGUACAAAUAGCAUGGACAAGUCAUUAUUUACUCAAAUCGUCCUGUGGCUGCAGGGAUUUGGAAGAGUUUUGAGUGUGUCCCAUCACUGAUUACCCAGGUCAGACUGUCCGACCACAGCCGAGGCCACCUUUCCAAAGCAAAGUUUAAGAGAAGCAAAGGUGUCUGUAGAGGAAGAGGUUUAAGGCAAGGCCCUGGCCCCGCACACAGGCAGACCUGGUGACUCCUGGAUGAGGGAUGGGGACCGCCUCCUGGGACACCACCCAUUUUUGGGGCACAUUUUGAAGAGUAGGGGCCAUUCCAGAGCACGAGUCACCAGCAUUCCUGCCAUGGGGCUUAUGUGGGGGCUGGUGGUGGGGCCCCAACCCUGAGGGGGCCUUACCCUCUCUAGAUGGAGUCUCAAGCUGGGGUCUUCUCGUUCAGCUGCUUCCUUGACUGCUAAGCUAAGGCCAAGAACGCUCCCUGCAGGAGGGGCAACUGUUCACUUUGGAGGGAUCUAUCCAUGACCACCUGUCAGAUAUCAGAAACUACCAGGGAAACAGCUAGCAGAGAAGUUGUGCUUGUAGUUUGAGCUUGUGUUUCAAGAGCCAAGUCCCACUUUUGAGAGCCAGAGAAAUGCCAGCAGCAGAGUCCUUGGGCUUCCAGGAGCUAAUAUUCUCAAGUGUAGGCUCAUGACGCCCAAUGGGUGAAAGUUACAGGCCAGAGGAUUUAAACACAAGAGUGGGGUGUCUUGCCAAAGAGGUAUAGAGGCAUCAAGGCAUCCGUCUACCCAUCCAUCGAUCCACACAGCCCUAUCUGUUACAGUGUGCUCAGAAGAAAGGAGUUGGGAGUAGGGGGCCAGGACAGUGGACAGGGCCACCUGUUGGACUGAGGCAAACUGGAGGCUGCUUCAUGCUUCCAUCCCUCCAUAUCCUGUCCACCAAUGCCUGGCAAGGAGCAGUGCAAGAAACCCAAACCCCACCUGGCUUGGGGCAAGUUUUAAGUGCACCCACCCUGCUACCAAAGUGCUAAAAGGGGAGCUGACCUUCCCAGACUUCCCUCAAGGCAACCCUUUAUGCUUCAGUAUAACCAUUUUUACUUUGGAUUGAAGUGGAAAUUUUAGGCCUAAAAAUAAGAUUACCAAGCAGAGACCAUCUAGCAACACAGACAUAAUACAUGUUGAUCUCCAUGUAACUAGAAAUGCGGUGAUGUUAUUCUCAUACUGGGGGCUACACCUCCCCAUAGAUUAUUUUAACUAAAAUACAAGCAAAAUAGUGUUUUAAAAUAAUCCUCUACUCACUGCAUUAGUGCAUAUACCAAAUGAUACUAUCUGCAUGAGAGUCUCUAGGUUCCCAGACUGUAUUUUUGCAUGUGCUGUUCUCUGCUUCAUUAAAUAUAGUAUGCAGCCAGCAACCACAGAAAAAGAAUGCAUGCUGUACAGCAAGAGAAGGGGAGGGAGACGAUUUUCAGGGUGAUGGCUUCCAUAGCAACCAAAA